AUUUUAUUGGCUUUAGAUUUACGUGGCCACCGCAGCCUGCAUAUUCAGAACACCAUAAACAAAUCAGAUAUGCAUUUGGUCCUAAGUUUCUAUGCCUUGCUAGGUAUGCGAAUAGUGUCAGGAGGCUGUGUUAAGGGCUUAGCUGAAGGUUGAGAUCGUUCGGAUUCUCAUUAUAAUGGAGUCCUUUAGCAUCCAAACCGAAUAUUCCCCAUAUAUUCAAACGUUCUAGCUAAGGUUUACCAGAUUCUACACCUAUGCCGUUAUUCGCAUCUAACGUGGCUCUGGCCACCAUCGUGUGCACAUAUGUAUUUGGCUUUUUCGCUAUUAUUUUCGUGGCUAUUCAUCUAUUCGUUCGUUUACAUUUAUUCGGGAAAUUUUCGAUAGAGGACAUCUCAACGUGCUUCGCGCUCAUUGUAACCAUGGGCCUAAUCGGUCAGAUUACUUGGGCGGUUGUCGACGAAGGUCAAGGGGAGCAUAUGGCUGAUGUAACGCGAAGCCAGUUCGAAUUAACAGCAAAGUCUCUACUAGCUAAUGAGGCUUUAUGGGCAUUAGUUAACGCUUGCAUUCGUCUUUCCGCCUCCCUCUCACUCCUUCGGAUUUUUGGCUGUGUCCAUGCAUUUAGAUACCAGGCAAACACUUUUAUGUUGUUUACAGCGAUACACGGAGUUGCUGCUCUAAUUGUUGCCGUCUCCAUCUGUCAUCCCAUUCAAGCAUCGUGGGAUCCGCAAGUUCAAGGCAGCUGUGGCGAUCAGACUGCUGCUUAUGUUGGCCUAGAAGUCGGCGGCCUCCUCCUCGACACGUAUAUUCUAGCUUUACCUGCUCGUUACGUGGUUAGGCUAGAUAUGCGCAUAAAGCGAAAAUUUAUUAUACUUUUUGUGUUGUCAGCAGGCGCAGUCGUAAUGGUCAUUACGGGAUUUCGCAUCGCGGCUUUACAUAGGGUUAACAGCUCUGAUUUCAGCUACGACCAAGGUUACUUGGGGCUGCUGUCUACAUUAGGCGCGCUCCUUGGCGUUAUUAGCUGCUGCGUGCUAUCCAUUAGGCCUUUCAUUCGUUAUCUACAAGGAACCUUCAGCCGACGUCCUACAGAUACUGAAAACCAUGAUACAAUCCCACUUGAACAACAACAGGUAGGUAAACACCGCGACGCUUUUGAAGAUCAUCGAUAGAGCUUUCUUAAUCUUAACUAUUUCACAUAAAACAUUAAGAAAUUAUCGUUAGCA